AUGGCCACACAUCCCUUGAUGUUGCAACAAGCCCCAAACCUCCCUCUCGAUGGGCGCGACAGCUUCCUUGCCUGCUCUAUGCCUCCAAACGCAGCGAUUCCCCCUGAACCAAAGUCGGAGUCGCAAGACUCCAGCCUGAGCGGCAAUAUCAACAUCGAGCGAAGUGUGACCGUGGAGGGAAUCAUCACGGAGCCACGAAACAGCCAGAAUGAUGCUGCAAAUGUAAGCGACAGCGGACAAAACUACCAAGUGAUAAUCUCUGCUGCCUCACAAUUUGCAAGAAACAUGUUCUCUGCUCCUACGCUGCGGAAUUCGAACGAUAGCAUUGCAUUCGCGCAGACACGACCGCGAAAUCGACAAUGGAUUGUCACUGCGCUGCUGCUUAUCCUUGUGAAUCUUGCAUGCACCGUUGUCGACACGAUGAUGCCGGUCCAGAUUCCGUCGAUCGUCUUCGAUUUCGAUGUUCAAGGCUUCCACUGGCUUCUUGCCGCUCCAGCGAUCGGUGCAGCAGCUUCAGUUUUGACAGCCGGCCAACUCUACGCCGUUUUCGCCUUCAAUCAAAUCUACCUCCUCUCCAUGGUAUUGUUCCUCACCGGCACCAUCUCGCCUGGAUUCGCGCCAAAUAUGGCUUUCCUGUUCUGCACGCGCAUCAUAACGGGUAUUGGAAUGGCAGGACAGCAAUUCGGCACACUCACAUAUCUUGAGAACAACGGCACCUUCACAGACAAGGUGCGACGGGAUUUCUUCGUCGGCGUCAGCACUACACUGGGUCUCAUUCUUGGUCCCAUCUACGGAGCCUCGUUUGCACACCGACACAGGGCUUGGAUCUGGGGAUAUUACGCUGUUUUUGGAGUGCUCACUAUCAUGGUGGCAAUCCUCGUUUAUUUCCUCCCGAACAAACCAGACAUAGUCGCUACCGCGCCCUGGACCUAUAAAGAGACAAUGGCAUGGAGCACUCGGCUGGUUCGCGUCGACAUUAUCGGCUGUUUUCUCAGCUUUAUUGGAAUCCUCACCCUAUUCAUAUCUCUCAAUAUUGCUGGAGUAUUGAUGUCUUGGUCCAAUCCAUAUCUGUACAUCCCAAUCGGUCUAGGAGGGCUCAUCCUUGUUCUGUUCCUGGCACAGCAGUUCGCCAUGGUCUUGAAUUCACCAUCUACUCGACUCUUCCCUGGACAAUGUCUACGACACUUCAAAACCGCGACAUUAUUCCUUCUGACCUUUCUCACCAGCGGAAUAUUCUAUACAACCCUGCCCUACGCGACUCUAUACCAGCUACUUACCCGUCCAAACCCAUCACCUAUCCUGACGGCACUCUACCUCCUCUUCAGCUUUACUGGACCACAUCUGAUUCCCACUGUGAUUGUGCCAGUGUACAUUGGCAGCGGUCUGAUCACAUCCUACCCGGUCUUUCUCAACUACAGCAUCUGGAGCAUGAUCACGUCAGUCUUCAUCCUGACAGGCAUGACCCUUCUCUUCAUAAACACGCCGUCCUUCUUCCCAGAUUCCGGAGGCUUACCGACCGUCGCAAAACAAUUUGCUCUAGUGUGUAUCGGCUUCUGGUCCGCAGUGACCAUGUCCCUGAGCCAUGAGAUCAUGGAUAUCCUCCAACCUCCAUCUGGCUCGAAUCCGCGCCAAAAGCAUCCCCAUCACAACCGCUCAUACAUUCUCUUUGCGAAAUACUUGGGCGUCGCCGUGGCCUUGACUGCUGCAGGCUCGAUCUUCAUCCACCUAGGUCCACCCGCGACCCUGGCCGCAAUAAAAGAGAUGCAAGCACAAGGCCAGGCUCCGGACAUUUCCCCUACGAAAGAAAACGCACUUAUCCUCCUUCUGGGCUACAGUUUCAUCCGCCAAGAGACGUCUCCGGCAUUACUCACAGCGAUCGUCACUGCAAUUGAAAACACAUUUGCAUGGAGUUUUAUCAUCCUCCUUUCCUUCGCAGCUCUCCUUUGCGUCGCGAGUGCAGGGCUCCUGUUCCACAAGGCAUGGAAAAAGGAGUCGGACUUCAACAUGCGUGAUAUCGGCGGAGUGCCCCAAGAGUGGCUUCCAAGAGGUGGUCGUUCUGGCAAUACACACACUACUCUAGAGGAAGAAAGAGGACAGACUAUGGAGCUAGAGGAGCGUGAGGAUCAGAUGGGCCGGACUACAGACCACUCGGUAGAUGUAAGAGAGAGAUAG